AACGCUGUAAUGGGACCCGGCAGCACCAGGCGACCAUACCCUCUGCUUUCACUGCUGCUCUUCACCAGUGGCCAGUCCCGCUCCCUGUCACUGUCACCUUACCUCGCAGGCCUCAUAAAUCAUUCAGCGCGCCAUUGAAGGUUGUGCAGACUAACAGGCCUGGAUGUUAGAGGCACAUCAGGUUAUGUGUACACAACUACAGCGGGACAGGAGAAGGUUUAUCAAGGUACUUGAUUCGAUUCAGCAUCAUUCACACUUUCUUGGCUAUGGCCAAACAAAGCCAGGCCCCCUGGCAAGAGGCUGUUAACAGAUCCUGGAUGAAGAACGAUAUAAUUUCUCCUUGAAUCUGACAUAGAACUCCGUGUCUCGCGCACCUGCCCUGAACUUCAGCAGGUGGACAAUCAUAAUAAUGCAAAGGACUUGCAGAUGCAACAGUUCCAGGUGCUGGUGGUGGAUGUUUGCUUCUGCCCUGCAAACUCUGACUCAUGGAAACAACUACAGUCAACAUAACCAGGAGAGGCCCUGCAAGCCAGGUUUCUACUGCCCAAUGGAGAGCUCCACAGCCCUCCCCUGUCCUAAGGGAACCUACGGGCCGACUGCUGAUGCUGUGUCUGUAGACAGCUGUCUGCAGUGUCCCCCUCACCACUACUGUCCUAGACCCGGCUUGUCCACCUCCCUGCUGUGUGGUCCUGUGGCUCAGCAGCCUCUCUCUGGACAGGACACCUGCAUCUGCCCAGGGGAGGGACAGAGUUUUCAGACGAGUGAUGGACGAUGUCAAUGCACCAUUGGCUACCAGCCCACUAACAAUAGAGGAGCGUGUGUACACAAAAUGUACAAUGUCUGCAGAGACGGAAAAACACGCACGCAGUAUGGAGACUGCCUGAACAGACACCAGUGGUCACUUCAUUGCAGACAGCAGGUGUGUCCGUCUGCAGAGGACUACCAGGGCUACGAUGGCGAGCUGGGUCUGUGUGUUUGCAGAGAGCCUCCUGGACGAGCUGCAUGCGGUGGCCUGUGCAGGAGCAGGCCGGCCACUGAGCUGCAGCUCCGGUGCCAGUCCAGCGGAGAUAUGGAGCUGGUGUGGAGCUAUGACAGCAAGGUGCAGGUGUCGGCCGUCUCAGGCAACGUUCUGCAGACGGCCUUCAAACAGUGGGACUACCAGGGGACUCUGCAGUGCAACAGCCGUCUCGACUCCCUGCGUCCUGUCUACAUUGUUCUGACGACAGACGCAGGAUUCCUCGGCCUCCUCAGUGGCCUCCCAGAGGAAGUUCAGCGCCUGUUUCCUGUCAGCACCCAGCGGGACCCCAGCAGCUCGUCCGAGGAUGACUUUCUGCAGGAGGACACCACAGGAGGAGAAAUGAAUUCCAGCAGGACAAGGGUAAACAAGAGAGACGUGAAGGAAGAAGUGAGAGGAGUUACUGGAGUUCUGAACCCAACAACGUGCCUCCAGUUGGGCAACAUUAUCCUGUUUACUGUGGACACGGGCCACUAUCCUCUGUAUGAUCUGGACAGCCUGUACAACACCAACAGUGGCUUUGACUGGGGUGCGUUCAGGCAGCUGAAAGAGGAGCUGACUCUGUCCUGGACUCCUCCCAGCUUCUUCUCAGUGGUCUUUAACCAGCCUGGUGUUUAUGUUUUCACUCUGAGCAGCCACCAGCACAAACACAUGUAUGUACGAGUUAUGCCUGCAGGGGCCCAGUGUUACGAGCCUGGGCCCUUCUUCCCCACCAUCCCCCGUCAUGUGACCAGGGUGGGAAUCAGUCGCAGGCGCAACCUGUUACUUCGACCAGAUUGGUUGGCGACUGGAGGUUUGCUGUUUGGAGCUGUGGUCAUCCUCUGUUUGUGUGUUACAGUCCUGAUCCUGUUUCGAGAGUACGGAUGGCCCGAGAAGAAACCAAUCAGAGCGCGGUAUCGCUUGCUGCAGUUGGCCUACCACAUGGAUGAUUACUCAUCGAAGGGUUCAAGGUUGAUCUCACUCAGGAAGAUUCACCGCAACCAACAAGCCAGAGUGACACAAGACUCCAUUCAAGCAGUCUGUGGGGACACGCUUGGGGAGUUCUGGGAUUAUGAGCACCAGGUGGAUCUGGAGGCUUUCAGCAGCAGCACCUUCUACAGCCUCCUGCUCACACAGAGCCUGUCUGUCACUGCAAGUCUGGGGCAGCUCACCACUGAGGUAAAGGAGCUCUACAAGGGAGUGCUCGAGAAACUGCAGCUGCUUCACCCACGCCUGAUCUUAGAGGAGAGGCCGGGUGGGGGUUAUGAGAGGAUGAGGAGGGAGGUGGAGAGGGAGGCAGUGCGACGGAAGACUCUGGCCUCACAGCUGAGGACGCUGCUCGACAGUCAGCUACAGGUUCUGAGACAAGAGCAACAGGCCCAGCAGAGAGUCCACAGUGUGUUUACAGCUCACGUAAGACAGUGCACCCGAUUACUGUCAAAGGUUUACAACAGCAAUCCGCCGGCCAGCGAACUACACCAGCAGAAUUGGAUGCAGAGACUCACAGCCCUGGUGGAGGAGAUGGGAGAGCUGGUGUCUGCAGAGUGCCAGCGUCAGGGGGCCUGGGAGUUACUGGGUGACGGUCCAGGGGCCAAGCUGAUUUGUCCUGACUCUGGAACCGUGCUGAACAAGGACCAGAUCUUUGGGCCUGAUGGAUCCCUGCGUGUCUGCCGGGCUCUUCACUGUGAUCCAGUCACAGGCCUCAUCAGACCAGACGCUCACACACAUAUGAUGCUGAGCAGCUGCCACGCCACAGCGGUGCCACCUGACUACUUCCUCCACCCACACACCGGCCGAGUGAUGCCAAUCACAGGCAAUGUGGCCUACGAUCCUGCGAGCUCCACGCUGGUGUUCACGACUGGCUCGUGUGCAGGUGACAACAGGAAGUGGGACAGUCCUCUCCUUCCUUUCAUCCCUUACCCGACCUCCUUCCACUCAGAGCAGCCUCUGAUCAGCACCCACCUCAGGGGCCUCAGACCGGGCCAGAGAUUGCAGCUCGGAGCUCCCAUGGCCGAACCAGAAACUGGGGUCCCAGUGCCCAUACUGGCUGUGACAAUCCACCCUGAGACAGGACUGGUCUACCCACUUGGAGGGGUGCAGGUCUGCCCCAUCACCCGCCUGCCUCAGCCCAUACAGAUCGGUUAUCCCAUGCUGGAACCCAGGACGGGGAACGUUGUGCUCACAGUCGGGGUCAGUCUGGAUCCAGUGACAGGAGCUGUGCUGCCAGUAGGGGGAGUCCUGCUGGCUGAGUCCUUCAUAGAACCUCUGAGUGGGCGUAUGGUGAGAGUGAGAGGGGCCAACAUAAGGGCUGGGCAACUGUUCCCUAAUGCAGGAGGACACCAAAGUUUACUAGACUGCAAGGUUCUCACAGCAAUGUUCAGAGUACUGGAUAUCCUGAAGCCACUUUCUGAGGAGUGGGGUUCAGAGGGAAACUUGCAGGAUCUGCAGCCUCAUCCAGGCAGCGAGAGAGGGAGCGGUCGACAAGAUCAUCUCCUCACCGCGGCCAAGGAGCUCCAGCAGGCCUGGGGGCGGAGCCUGCAAGGCCAUCUCCAGUUACAGACCAGGCUGGAGAUGCUGCUGGACUGGGCCGAGGGUCUGCAGAGGGAUGGAGGGAGUCUGGGGGAGAUGCUUCUGUCAGGCUCCGAUGUGGGUGUGACAGCCCUGCUGGGGAUGGAGUAUCCUGACCCCAUGGGAUCUGGUCUCAGUGUGCCUGUGCUGGGAUGUCACACCAACUUGGUCUCUGGGGUUACUGUACCCUUGGCAGGGACCAUGGAGGACCCGGAUGGAAAAGGCCUGGUGGCGAUCCGUUAUGGCUCUCAGACUGUGGACCCAGUGACAGGGACGUUGGUACCAGUGGUUGGAGCCAGACUGGAUGUGUCCAGGAAUCACAUUCUCCCUGUUACAGCUUCCUACUGGUUAACGAUGGCAGAUCAAACUGAUGGUUUGCAGGUGGAGGCUCUGCAGAGGGAGGUGUGUGUGCGGAACACGUACUGGCAGCAUCAGAGGCAGCGUGAGGAAGACAUCCUGUCUGAUCUGGACGCAGCUCUUCUCCAGUAUCUCGUCAGAGUCACAGAAGUGAAAUCGUCUCAGCAGCUCCAGUGGUCAGGGAGGCAACUGAGGGAAGCAGCUGCAGAGCUGCAGGAGUCAUCGCAGGCUGAGGCCCAGAGGAGAGCCGCUCAGAACUCCCACCUGGCUCUCAUGCUGCCUCCACAUGUACUACACAUCCUCACGCAGGGUGAUGAGGAGGAGUGGGAUCAGCAGAGCGUCUGGCAGUCGGAGCUGGUGUCGGGGCUCGAUAAGGUGGAUGUGUGUGUGGAGCAGCUGCAGCAAGAGCAGGAAAAGUGGACACAGGGAGGAGACUGGGCCACAACUCUGCAUGCUGUGGACAGAGAGCUGAGUCAGAGAGAGCUGUGGGAGCAGUGCUGCUCCAGACAGACGGAGUUGGAGGCCGCUCUCGUCGCUCUGCACUUUGUCAGACACCUCUGUCAGCUGCGUGCCGACACCGCUCAGGCGGUGCUGUGUGGUAACUUCUGGUACAAGGACUAUGGUCUGGUCCAGUGCACCCGGAAGAGGCCGACUAAGGUCAUGGGUUUGCUUCAGCAGAAGGCUCUGCCUCUGCUGGAGAGACUGAACCAGCUGCUCGAAGAAAAACAGUCAGCCAGCUUUUCCCCCAACACCUGCAAUCAUCACGUCUCAGGUUUAUCAGUUAAACCGCCAUACGGGCUGGAGAUAGCCUCCAGGGUCUGGACUGCCUCCGUGCCUGUGGUGAAAGGAAUCUCCACCCAGUCUCUGAGGGAGCCUGUUAGUGUAGCUCAGCCCCAGGACAAUGGUAUGCCAGCUGGCUCGGCACCAACACACAACUCACAGACACACACCGCCUGUUCGGGCGUCCAUUCCCAGGAGAACCGUCCUGUGAAAGAGUCCGCUCAGCCCACACACAUCUCUGUCCCCACAGUCCCAGAGGAGGAGUGGACCAGGCUGCUGGAGUUCUCUCCUCUGUUCCAGCAGCUGAAAGUCGUAGAGCUGCAGCUGAGGGGCUGGGCCGGCGGGGCGGGGCUUCUGAGAGGAGAGCUCAGCGACGGAGGCAACAGCUUCGUCGAUAUCCUUGAUGCUCAGUGGGAAUGUGAGGGAGAGCUGAUCCCUGUGGACCCGUCAGUCCUCAACCCCCGAGAGUUCCUGGUCUACCAACAUGGACUCUUCUUGAUGCAAACAUUACACAGCCUUCAACUGACUCCAGCUAUUUCCCUUCAGAUAACUGCCAGUCUGCCGAACAACAACUACUUGAACAACGCCUUCAGAAAUUCCUUCUUUUAUCAGGAAGCAGAGGAGCUGCUCUUUGUCCGUCGCCAGAGGCUCCAGUCAGUUGGAGGCUUCUCUCUGCUGCUGCUCCACUGUCUGGCCCAUGUCAAAGUUAAAGACAUGAGCUCGGACUCCAGUCCCGCCUUCCAGAGGCUUUUCUUCAAGGUUCUGCAGGCAGGCCUGGGGGAGCUGUUUAACGCUAGACUCUGGGGUCUGUGUCCCUCAGGACAGGAAGCCAAUUUGUUUGUGGGGUAUCAAGACCAACAGGUCCCUUCAGGAGUCUCCCAUGGGACUCUGUCCAACUUUCACCAUGCCUCCCUCCUUCACAGGCUUCACAAACCAAACCCAGGACUGCUCCUUGAAGAUCGGAGGCACAGGGAGAAAUCUCUGCUCUCGCAUCUCGAGGGACUUUUGAGAGAGAGGAGCUCAGAGGCCCGAGAGAGAGAAGGGAAAGAGCAGAUUGGAUGAAAACAUGUAGCGAACCCCAACUAACGAAACCCAGUGUGGUUUAGAUGUGGCAAACAGGAUGUCAAUCGUAGCUCAUGCACAAAUUACUUUCAGAUCGUUUUGUUACUGUUUGGUAGAUACAUACAAAUGUAGAUUCUCAAGGUUAAUGAUAUGACUAUGAGGAAUUCUAUACUUCCUAGCUGUUAUACUUUUAAUUAUUUGGAAUUUCACCUUGAAAUUAAGCAUCGAUGUACCCUUGUUUCUCAGCCCAGGAUUUUUUGAUUUUUCUUUACAUCAUCAGUAAUUUCCUAUGAUUUAAAGUAAAUGGACACGUGAGACAAAAGCAAACUUGGUAUGUAUCUUCCAGUAUAGUAGCCAGUGAACUUUUUUACAUUUAUGUCUUUAGCUCUCAUAAUCACAGAUCACAAAAAAGUUGUUUGUGAGUUUAUUUCAUAUAUAUAUAACAAGAAACAACAAAAUAUAAUCAUUCCAUUAUAUAAAAAAAGGAAACAGUUGUCUCCGUACACAAAUCAUGCAUGUUUCAACACCAGAACAACAGCAUGGAUCUUUCCAGGAUGUCUUCAAAACAGGCGCAAUACAUGGACAUCUGGUUCUUUUUAGGGGUCCUACAUGUGGGGGGAAGGGAACUCAAUGUGCAGACGAAAGGCUUGCUGAGAUUCCGACGUCUUCGAAGCCCCUUCACUACUUCUGAGUGGUUUUGAAGGCGAUGAUAAUGAUGAGCAAAAUGAUGCCACACACAAGCCCGAUGACAUUAAGGAUCUUGGCUGUCCUCGAUGCAUCCUGAGCUAUGGCAGAUUCUCCUGCAGUAUUUGCAUUUUGUGCCUUAAAAAAAAAAUAAUAACCAAGGUUUUUAAAAUGAUUUUAAAAAAGCAGUUUGUAUUGUUAUUGAUUUUGAGGCAUCUUUUAGAAUGUAAAUCAGAAACAGAAGAAAAGUUAAGUUUGGUAAUUAGGAAAAGUCACCUACCCUACAAGAGCAGACGAUUGCAGCAAUCCCAAUUGGCAGACAACAGCACAAAGUGUUGAAGAUGGACCAUCCCAGGUAGGAUGGAGCGACUGAUUGGCUCCUGCCUGCUUCCAUAUUUUUCUCUUUGUUUGUCCUGAAGUAGAUAGAAGUUCUACUUCAUCAGCCUGUGUCUGGAUUGAAUGGUUGGAGGGGGGUUGCAGCCCAUGCUGCUUUAUCCUUCGUGGGUGUGGUUUAAGGGGGCUGAGCAGGACUAAUGGCUUCCCGACACUGAGAGAAUGUUUAUGGUUUUGGUUGGGUCUCCUGAUACUUAGGUUUUAAUGGGUAGAGUAGAUUUAAUGUAUGUGGGGUGACUUCAAAUUCCAAGAUUACACACAAACUGCUCUGAGGAGCCAGAAGAGCCUCAUGGUUGUCGUGUGUUUUAACUUCACUUCAACCAACGGAAACUAAAUCUGCUCGGAUCAUUUUGAUGAAACAGCUUGAAGUCAUUAGAGCCACUUUAGUUGUUGGCUGGAUAUUUCCAUUAUUCCAUUACGUCAUGCACAUUCCAAUGUGCAGCCCAUAUGGACUUUUUCGUCUUUACUUUACUUCUUAUAUGCAAACCAUACAUGCUACAAAUUAGCUUAAUCUUCUUUCGAACCUACAUACGAUAACAAAAGAUAUGUUCCAUGGAGACUUACUAACCAGCAUGUUUCUCUUCACAAUGGGAAAGAACCAGACGAUAACUGAACAAAUCGAGACCUGUACAUUGUUUUCCCCAGGACCUCAUAUGUUUGUGAUUUAGGGAUGACUUUGCUUUUUUCUAUUAGUUUCUACUCGUAGGCCCCAUUCAUUCAAAACAUAAAGCCUCUUAUAAAGAUCCUUUUCAUGCUCUUGGAUCAUCAUCUCAUCUUCAACAUGCAUCCUGGUUGCUACAGCAAAGCAGAUUUCAAUGUUAAUUGGUUCAUUCAUUGAGUUGAGAAACAGAAUAGGACUAAUAGAUUUGUGACAAUCAUCCAAUAGUGUAUUGUCUUGUAUUAUAACUGGAAUCGUCCUUCUUUUCUCUGCGAAUAAAUCAAUUUUUUUUCAA